UUUUAUCUAUGCAAGAUGAUAACUUCAGUCAGAAUAAAACUGUGUGUUUCGUGAAUACGACCCGUAGUUUCUGCAAGUAAUUAACUAUUCUACCAUAUAUACUAACCAUGGAGUGUCACGCAGCUAUGCAAAAUGAUGUGGUUCUAAGAACCAUUUUCUCCUACUUGGACUUUAACAAUCUUAAGCAAGUUCGACUAGUGGACAAUAAGUGGAAUUCUCUCUCUGAAAAGCAAUUUGUGAAUAAAAGUCUGGUUUCCAUAGCACUUGGUCUAAAUUAUUCAGAAAACUUAACCAAGACAACAAUUGUUCCAUAUAUUACCCUACGAGGGUACCUACAAGCACAACACAGAAGUCUUCCUAUGUGGGAGGUUGAAAUGGGCCAGGCAUUCGGGGACGAGGUUUCUGAUUAUUUCCAGAAAUUUAAACAUUUCAAAGUCCAUUACGUUGGUGCAUGGAGAGCAUCAGAGCAAUAUGCAAUUCAGAGGGAAACUUCGUUAAAACACUUGGCUCAACUUAUCGAAAUUAUGCGACGCCCAGACGGCUCACUACGGAUUAACUUUGAGUUUGGCAAAACAGAUAACGAGCAGAGAUAUGGUGACGGGGCUGCCAUGGUGACCAGUGCAAUAAAUAAUUGUUCUAAUGUUACUAUGGGUUUGAAGAUGAGAUCUUGUUUUAAUGACGAUUAUUACGAGCCGGAACCGGAAUUGGUACUUGAUGCCUUUCCUCCCGAGACUAAAUUCAGUACUUGUACCAGUAUUGAAAUAAACUCGGCUCAAGUUGAAGAUACCGUCUUAUUUUUCACAAAUUUGCAAAAACUUCAAUUUACGUCCAGAUGUUAUCGUGAUGUUUUCCCAACUGUGAUGGAUCGUAUUGUUCAAAAUUUGGACCAGUUUGAUAAAUUGACGGAUAUUCGAUGCGAAAAAUCCGUCCUCCUAGAAAAUAUCGGAUCCCUGAAAAAACUUUCGACCCCCUUGAAACAUUUACAUCUAAGGAUACGAUGCAAUUUCUACAGCGGAAUUGAUGAUGGUUAUGCAGAACUAGAAGAAAUCCUGGCUAAGCAUAGCUUGACCUUGGAAAGUUUACAAUUAUCCUUCAAAUGGAAAAUUAACUUCGAUGAUGAUGACGAAGACUAUGACGAAGGAGUAAACUUGGGCAAAAUUAGGACGUCAGAUAUUUUCCCAAAACUGAAAAUUCUUGCGAUGACAGUGGUAAAUUCGUAUCGUGGUUCUGUUUCAGACUAUCCGUCGCCAGAAAUGCUGGACAUUUUCGGACUGCAGGAAAUUUUCGAGGAAGGGAGAUUUUACACUAAAUUUCCAUCGCUGCAAUUCCUCAAGCUGCACCACGCCGUCACACCUGGAUGUUCUAUACAGGGAAAUAUAUUUAAUGAUGAAGCAGUAACUCGUUUCCAGAAUUAUGGAAUUGUAUCAAUUUCGCAGACUAAUUUCGUAUUUGCAGAGGAAUGUACAACAGACGAUGAGAAUGAUUAUUAAUCUUGAAUCUACGAUGAUUCAUCUAGUUAAACGGAAGGAUUUUCUUGUAUGGGAUUCUUAUGGCUCACGUCCUGACGUUUUAAAAUAUUAAGCAUAAGUAUUGUCAGCAAAGUAAGUCAAUAUAGCACAGGAUUUCUUCGCGUCAAAAGGCCGGGCCCACUUAAUAACAUUGGGAGCGGGCUGAAAUUCAAUCUGAACAUCUGCUAUUGUCAUAUUUUUCCGACGAUAUUCUGUGGAAGGGCAAAUGCUUCUUCUCUAAAUUCGUAAUUAGUAAACUGUUGGAAAACCUUAAAUACAGGGAUGUAGAUAAAUACAUACACAAAUACUUGAAGCAAUAAAUGCAAUUGAAAUGUAGUUAACAGAGAA